AUGCAGAAUGGCCCCCCUCCACGCCAUAGUAUUGCCGAACAGGAUGCGGCGUGCUCGCCGUGGGAACGCUUUACGAGUCACUUUCAUAUGAGACCGCCGGAGGAUGAUGAGCCUCAGUCUUGGUGGAUUGCCUCUACGGCUAUUCCGCUUGUAGCUGCUGCUGCGGGGCCGUUGGCGAAUGUGAUGUCGAUUGUUGCGCUGGUCAUGCCGUGGCGGAGCAAGAUUAUCUCAAAGAUUGAUGGGCCGGCUGGAAAUUGGGUGCAGGAGGGUUACGAUGAUCCGCACUGGGUUACGGCAUUCAAUGCGGUUUCGCUGUUUUGUGGUGUUGUAGGCAAUAUUUUUCUGUUGCUUAAUUUCACGCAAACAGUGCGCUACAUUAUUGCUCUUCCGGUUACGAUUGUUUUGUGGUUCCUGGCACCUGGUAUUUUGAUGGGAUUGACUGCAUCUCUUUCCAUAUACAGUCCACCGGAUGGCACGGAAGACAUUUAUUCACAGGCCUUUUGGAGUGCUGUCAUUGCAGCCAUCCUCUACUUCAUUUUGAGCUUUCUCCUAAUGAUUAAUAUGCUUGGAUACUUCCUGGGCAGGUAUCCGCAGCAUUUUUCACUCACCGAUGAUCAGAGAACCCUCAUUUUGCAGAUGACUGCAUUUGUCGUCUGGCUUCUCAUCGGCGCUGCUAUAUUUCAAAGGGUUCUGGGCAUUUCAUUUGCAGAUGCGUUGUACUUUUGUGAUAUAACUGUGUUGACUUUAGGCUUUGGAGACGUGACACCCAAGACGUCGGUUGGAAGAGGUCUUGUCUGGCCAUAUGCCGUGUUUGGUGUGAUCAUGCUUGGUUUGGUUAUAAGCAGUAUUCAUCGGUUUGCCAAGGAGAUUCAUUACGACAAUGUCGUCCGAAAGCAUAUCGAACAGAAACGGCAAACCACGUAUGAUCGAUCUGUCACCUUUGAUGAGAUCAGCUCGAAUGAUCCAGGAAAGGUGAUCCCUCCAGCACUCUUUCGCCAACAAUCUGAGAUUGCCUAUCGCACUCGUCAUAAAAAGCAGCAGCCGAUCCGCACCACCAUCAAUGCGAUAGCAUCUGGUCGUCGGCCCAAGCUACUUGUUAUGAGGGAAGAGAAGGAUCGAUUUGAUGCCAUGAGAGCUAUACAGUACGAGACCAUGCGAUUCCGUCGCUGGAACGACUUGAUUAUAAGUAUAAUCGCAUAUGGAAUCGUAUGGAGCUGCGGAGCUGUCGUAUUCUGGAAGCUAGAGAAAUGGACCUAUUUCGAGGCCCUCUACUUCUGUUUCUGCUCAUUGCUCACAAUUGGUUAUGGCGAUUUCACUCCUCAAUCAAAUGCUGGUCGGCCGUUCUUUGUGAUGUGGUCACUCAUUGGGAUUCCCACCAUGACCAUCCUUAUAUCCCAAAUGAGCGACACAGUCGUCGCUGGGUUCAAGCAUGGAACAGAGAAAUUCGCUGAAUAUUUCAUCAUGCCUGAGAGUGGGACAUAUUCGUCUUUUAUCGCUCGUAUGCCUUUUGUCGUCGGGUUUUUCCAGAGGCGUGCAGAGAAACAGCGAUUGAAGCGAGGAUUCCAAGUCGGAACAGACAUGGACGGUGAGGUUGAAGCGAGAAACCAAGAUGUCGAAGCCUCGGAAAAUAUGCGACAGAGCAGACCCCGGAGUCCCCGAAACAUGUCGCCUUCAAAUCGACCUAGACGAACCAUUGAAGAACUUGCACGACAUACCAACCCAUCACCCUUUGAACUUGCUCAGCAACUUGCCUUUGCCAUUCGGAGUAUUACUCAGGACGUGUGCGAGGGUAAGCGUAAGAGGUACAAUUAUGAAGAGUGGGUUGAGUAUACUCGUCUCAUUCAAUUUACUAACCCUCGGUCUCGACCGUCUUCGUCAGAAGGUCCCUCAAGCCAGUCCCACGGUAGGAACGAGAAUGAUACCAUCAUUCUUGAUGAAGAUGAGUACGGCGUCUUAAACUGGGACUGGAUUGGAGAAAAAAGUCCCAUGUUGGCCCAUCAGACUGAACCAGAGUGGGUCCUUGAUCGACUCUGCGAGAGUCUGGUGAGGUAUGUUUCCACCCAAGAACAAGCUCGAGCGGGUCCUGCAGAGGACAUGACCGAAGUUGCGAUAUUGCAAAAGGAGAAAGAUUUAGGGAUUGAAGAAUCUUGA